AUGGGAGUGGUUACUUGGAAAGAUAUCUCGACAUCCAAGGUGUACCGCUUUCUGAUCGGCUCGUCGAAGCGCGAGUUCACCGUCCAUUCUGCCGUUGUCGAGGGGCAGUCAGACGCGUUCAAUACAUUGGUCAACAACACGGCGUUCAGGGAGGCCAACGACGGCUGUGCCGAGCUCGAAGAAGUGGAUGAGGGAGUUUUCGCGUCCUUUGUUCAAUAUGUGUAUACAGGGGACUACGACUUCCCGGAUCACGGAAUGGACCCCGUUACGGGAAGAAAACCCGGUUUGGAGGUGGCUCUCGCGGCUCUUCACAGUCCCGUGAACCGUGGCUCGUCUUACCGGGGGAUCUGGGAGGAUGAGGAAACCCCCACCCCGGAACCUUCUCAACCGCCGCCAGACGACAGUUUGAUGUCCCAGCUCUUUCGGGAUCCAGAACCGGGGCUCGAAGAUGACCCUCAAGGCAGCGGUAGCGACAGCAGCGACACCACCGCCAGCAUGUUUGACCCAACUGCCAAUACUGCGCGGCCCCUGCUCCAUCACGCACGCUUGUAUGUCUUUGCAGAUUGCUACCAGAUUUCUCGACUUGCCCAGAUAGCGCAUGACAACCUUGAGAAACAAUUAGGUGCCCUUAAGCAGAAGCCAUUCGACCGAAUCAGUGUCGACGUCACUAUCACUCUCUUAGCCUACGCUUAUCAAGAGCCGCGCCCGAAGGCAUUACGGUCGCUUUUAGUCCAGGAUGUGUCACGCAAAGUGGACAAGCUGUGGAUCUAUGGGAGUUUCAGGGAAAUUCCCGAAGCCCAUGCCGAGUUGGGCGCUGAGUUAGUUGGGGAGAUGGCGAAACGACUUAGGAGUAGCUGA